GCAUGCAGUAAUUCCUUAGAUUCGUUCAAUACAAGUUAGGCAACCUGCCGUGCUAACAAUAAAUACACCACACUGCAUUUCAUUCUAUAAAUAUUGCCAAGUCCUGAACUAUUAAGCAUAACGGAACACACUUCUCUGCAGUUAUAGAAGUUGUGAUCAAAAGAAUAUCAUGGCUUCUUCCUUGUCUUCCCAAAUGUCUUUACUAGCUUUGGUUUUUCUACUUGUCUUGAUUGGCAAUUCCUCAGCCCAGCUUUCACCUACGUUUUACUCCAAGUCCUGUCCGAAUCUCAUGCAGACUGUUCAGUCUGCAGUGAAAUCAGCCAUUGCCAAAGAAACACGAAUCGGAGCAUCCCUCCUUCGCUUGUUCUUCCAUGACUGUUUUGUCAAUGGAUGUGAUGGAUCGAUUCUACUAGACGAUACGUCUUCGUCCAAAGGCGAGAAAAAUGCAGGUCCUAACUUCAAAUCUGCGAGGGGAUAUGAGGUGGUGGACAAAAUAAAGGCAGCUGUUGAGAAGGUGUGCCCAGGCGUCGUGUCAUGCGCUGAUGUGCUGGCGAUUACUGCUAGAGACUCUGUCACCAUCCUUGGAGGGCCUAGCUGGACAGUAAAGCUGGGGAGACGAGAUGCGAGAACAGCAAGCCAAGGGGCUGCCAAUAGCAGCAUUCCUCCUCCCACAUCUAGCCUCAGCUCCCUCACUUCAAGAUACAGUAAUCUCGGUCUUUCUACUAAAGAUCUCGUUGCCUUAUCCGGGGCGCAUACAAUUGGACAGGCACGGUGCACCACCUUCAGAGCUCGAAUCUACAACGAAACGAACAUAGAUUCUUCAUUUGCUCAAACAAGACAGAAGAAGUGUCCGAGCACCACAGGCUCAGGCGACGACAAACUGGCACCUCUGGACCUGCAGUCUCCUACAGCUUUCGACAACAGCUACUUCAAAAAUCUCGUCAAUAAUAAAGGCCUUCUUCAUUCCGACCAAGUACUCUUCAGCGGUGGAUCAACGGAUUCUAUAGUAAGAAAGUAUAGUAGCAGCCAGAGCAGCUUUGCUUCUGAUUUUGCUGCAGCCAUGAUUAGAAUGGGUGAUAUUAGCCCGCUCACUGGAUCAAAUGGAGAGAUCAGAAAGAAUUGCCGGAAGAAAAAUUAAGGGUUUAUGUGAUUGCAUGAUUCGAAAGUGUUUAAGCUGCAGUGUUUGUUUUUAAUUACUUGUAAUCACGGUUAGCAUGGUCAUGUAAAACCAUGCUGCCCCGUGAGGAAUUCUAUUUACACGUGUUUAUUCUAUACUUCAUGUAAACAUGAAAACUUAUAUAUUACACCUUAUAUUUGUUUA